GACGAAAGCAAAUCUUUGUACCACCGAAUGCACUGCCCAGUCGAACCUCAUAAAACCCCAAAUCUACCCACGUCUUUCUCUUCCUUCCUCUCCCUCUCCACAAAAAAACCCAGGAGAAUCUUCCCACCAAAAGAAACAUCAAACCAAUAAAUCCCCACUCGUUGGUGAAUGACAAUGAUCCCACGAAACCAUACAUGCUACACCCUCCCACUUCCAAUCCCAUCACCAUUCCCGUCUCUCGCAUACACUUCAUCAUCCAGCGCAUUCACGUUCCCCACGCUCGCGCCCAUCAACCCCAUCCUCGACAGGUCCUCCCCAACCGCGAGCAGCAUCUCCCCCCACGAACUCGUGCUCGGCGCGCUGGGCGUCGCGGUCGGGCUCGUCGGUAUCGGCGUCGCGGUGCUGCAGCUGUGGCGGAUGAGGGAGAGCCAUAUUGUCAUGGAACAAGUGGAAUCAGGUGUCGUUACCAACUACAAACUGUAG